AUGCUACCACAAGAGACGUCAUUAUCUUGCGCUACGAAAGCAUUUGUGUGGUUAAGGAUUAUUGGUAACGUUUGGCCUCCAACAAUUCAAGUGAUGAUGGGUAUUGAUCGCUUAAUUGUCACUAUGGCACCGUUAUUCCACUUCAAAUAUCUUCGCAAAAGGUGCAUAACUUUUUUUUUCAAAAAAGUGUCGGAUCAAAGCGAGAAUCGAGGAGAACGCGAUUAA